GAAGAGAAGACGACCAUUCAUACCAAUUGCGAGAGAAAACAAGAUCUUUUAUUAUACCUCUUCACCAUCACCAAGAGUCAAAAGAGGGGAAGAAAAAACAAUCCAAGAAGAGGAUAAAGAUUUAAGCUUUAAUGGCUCAAACCAUGUUGUUAAUGUCUGGUGUUUCUACUAGGCAUGUGGUGCAUUUGAAGAGAUACCCUUUACUCCAAUUCCAAGUUGAAAGACUGAGGCCUAAACCUUUCUCUCAUCUCUUAUUCAGUCGUCUUUCUGCUAACAACACUUGUUUUUCUUCUAAAGCAUUUACUACACUUGCUCUCUUCAAGUCAAAAACCAAGGCAGCUCCUAAGAAGGCUGCUGUAAAACCCAAGCCCAAGGUUGAAGAUGGUAUUUUUGGCACCUCUGGCGGAAUUGGUUUCACUAAGCAGAAUGAGCUCUUUGUGGGACGUGUUGCUAUGCUUGGUUUUGCAGCAUCCUUGUUGGGUGAAGCAAUAACGGGAAAGGGAAUCCUAGCACAGUUGAAUCUAGAGACUGGAAUUCCCAUUUACGAAGCAGAACCACUUCUUCUAUUCUUCAUCCUUUUCACUUUGCUCGGAGCCAUAGGAGCAUUGGGUGACCGUGGCAAAUUCGUCGAUGACACAUCAACUGGCCUUGAAGGGGCAGUCAUUCCUCCUGGCAAAAGCUUCAGGACAGCAUUGGGUCUCAAAGAAGGAGGUCCUCUCUUUGGAUUUACAAAGGCCAACGAACUGUUUGUGGGAAGAUUGGCUCAGCUCGGAAUUGCUUUCUCUUUAAUUGGAGAAAUAAUAACUGGGAAGGGAGCUCUAGCACAACUCAACAUUGAGACUGGAAUUCCCAUCAAUGAAAUCGAACCUCUUGUCUUAUUCAACGUUGUCUUCUUUUUCAUUGCUGCUGUUAAUCCUGGAAAUGGCAAGUUUGUUACCGACGAGGAUGAAGAUGAUUAGAAGAUGAUCUUGUCAUGCAUGUAAAAAACUGCCUUAUUCUGCAAAAUACUGUCUUCCUGAAUUCCUUGCUCUGGGAAAUGUCUCUAAUAAAUUUUUUUUUAUUUAUAAUGUAAAAAUUAAAUAUUUUGAUAAAUCAAGAGCCACUCAAAUUAAAUAUUA